ACUGGGACUCAAAGGUUGAGAUGAGACAAUGAUUUAUCAUAAAAAAAUAACUCAGCUGCGAAGCUAUUAAUAAUCUCCACGUGUGUGAUCGAUAAGGACUUAUCUCAGUAAUAGUUACCAUUAUAUGUAUCUACAUGCCACUUCGUAAUGGUCGCAAUUUCCUCCCCCGUUGUGAAAUUGCUCCGUGCCGGUCGCCUUGGGUACUUGCCGGCUCUCCGCCUUCAAAAGUUGGUCCGGUCGUCUAUCCUUGAAGAAGGAGGCAGCCCCACUGGUCACACCCUCAUUCUAGUCGAGCAUGAGCCAGUGUAUACUCUCGGCUUGCGAGAAAAUCCCGACCCCGACGAGACCUCCAAAUUGAUAUCCACGGGGGCGGAAGUAGUUCAUUCUGAUCGCGGCGGUCUGACCACGUUUCACGGUCCCGGUCAACUCGUCGCAUAUCCAAUCUUCCACCUUGGCUCGUUUCGAAAACUUCCGCUGAGAAGUUAUAUCGCCAAGUUGGAGUUGGUCGCGGUGCAGACGUGUCGCCUGCUCGGGGUGCUGGCGCAGCUUAGCGGUAAAGACGUGUCGCACACGGGGGCUUGGGCAAACGACGCAAAAAUCUGUGCUAUUGGCGUCCACUGUAAGCGACACGUCACCACGCACGGACUCGCUCUCAAUUGCAAUGUAGACUUGGCCUGGUUUCAACACAUUGUUCCUUGCGGAAUCAAAGAUAAAGGGGUCACCUCACUCUCGCAUGAAUUAAAUGAAGACUGUUCCCCACAAGAUGCUGAAUCCUCCUUGAUAUCAAGUUUCCAAAAUAUUUUUUCGUGUAAAAUACAACAAAUGGGAGAUGAUGAGGUGAAAAAAUUAGUCAAUAAAGCCAUGUCUCCUUCCACAUACAACAUGUAAUAGUUUCACAAUC